AUGGAUCCUGGACCUGCUGGGGUGCUUGUUAACCUCUUCCUCCUCUCCAUCCUGUGGUUCCUGGUCUGGAGAAGCAAUAAGAAGAGAAGCCAGCUGCCGCCUGGACCAGCCUCAUGGCCCAUUCUGGGCAACCUAUGGCAAAAGGACGUCCUGCCCCUCUACAGGACCUACGAGAAGGUAUGGCCCAUCUUCACCGUCUGACUGGGGCUGAAGCCGGUGGUGGUGCUCUGUAGGUAUGAGGUGGUGAAGGAUGCUCUGCUGGGCCACUCCGAGGAGUUUGGAGGGAGACCUGAAAUACCCCUUCUGUUGCAGCUGUCAAAAGACUACGGUUUUGUCUCCAGCAAUGAGAAGAAGUGGCAGGAGCUGUGGAGGUUCACGCUCAGCACCCUGCGGGACUUCGGGAUGGGAAAGAACUGCAUGUCGCAGCGGGUGCAGCAGGAGGCCCAGCACUCGGUGGAACUACUAGCAAAACUCAAAGGUGACAUGGGUCCUGUCCACCCUGGCCCCUGCGGCAGGCAGAGGGCACACAACAGCCUCAUGGGAUACGAGAAGAGCAGCCUGGAGAACAUGUACAGCAAUGAAGACUUGGUCAUGUCAGUAUUCGACCUCUUUGGUGCCGGAACAGUGACUACUAGCAACGUCCUGGUCUUCUUUCUCUUGAUCUUGGCAAAAUACCCCCAUAUUCAAGCCAAGGUCCAAGAGGAGAUUGAUGCGGUGGUGGGCACUGGCUGCGCUCCCAGGUCGGAGGACAAGCUGAGGAUGCCGUACACCAACGCGGUGAUCCACAAGCUGCAGCGCUUCUGCAGGACCCACAUGGAGAACUUCCCAUGGAUGACGGCGCAGGACAUCGUGUUCAGGGGCCACACCAUCCCCAAGGGCACAACUGUUAUUCCGGUAUUUUAUUCUGUGCAUACGGAUCCAACCCAGCGGGAGAACCCCAAAGAAGUCAACCCAGGCCACUUCUUGGAUGAGAAGGGCAAGUUCAGGAAGCGCGAAUCCUUCCUGGCUUUCUCGGCAGGGAAGUGGAUGUGCCCAGGAGAGGCACUGGCCCGCAUCGAGCUCUUCCUUUUCCUCACCACACUGCUGCAGAGCUUCACCUUCCAGCUUGCCAUUGACUACGAGAUGGAUUUACUCUCCCUAUGGCUUGAGACAGAGAAGGGGGCAAUACCGGGCAAGUUCUUCACUAUUUGACGCCGGGUGUCCUCUUAA